AUGCCGUUAUCGAGGCGAGGCUUCCUUUCAGCAAUAUUCAGUCGAAAAGACAGUGACGAUAUUCAGCAUUUCCUGAACAGUGAGGGCUCAAUCAGUCAAGCAGCAUGGCUUGAAUUAGGGUCUGGUAGUUCGCUGUCGACUCGGAUAAAAGCAAUGGAGCAAUUAGAAUCGAUCGUUAGAACCAGACGACUACAAAUAUGCACCGUUGAAGCACUGUAUCACGAGACCAAAGAUCUUUACGAAAUGGAUGAAGCAAAGGAUUCAUUCCUGAAAACAUUUAUUACUCUCACUGAAUAUCAGUUAGAUCAACUUGGUUUGGCAAUGCGCGACACAUUUUUUUCUCUAAUUCGCUCCAUGGGUCUUAAUGAUCUAUCUCUGGAAUGGUUCGUAGCUCUAUCGAUGAAUGGUGAUCAAGUAACAGGUUUCGAAUAUGAUUUCAUGAAUCUUCAGCUUAGUUGGCUUCGAGAAGUGCUAGAUUUAAAUAUGAUGGAUCAUCGUCAUGCUGUUCGAGUACUUCAGCUCACACAGCAAGUCAUAAAAACAAAUGCUGGUUUUAUUACAAACAAGGAUAUUGAUGAUGUUGUUCAUAAUAUUUGCUUAAGGAUAUGUCGUAAAGCAGAUCAUUUGACUUAUGAAUGUUUAUUGCUACUAGGAAUUAUUUUAAAAUAUGGACGCAUCCCAGAUACGAAGCUGUUGAUGUUAAUAACGACACUAUGUUCAGUAAUGAAUCAGCAGAAAUGGGGUUCCACUGCAUGGAACGUAAUGAGAGAUUUACUGGGAUCUCAUUAUGGCCAUAAUGUUAUAAAACUGAUGCUUGAUUUAUUGAGAGAUAGUGCCAAUUGUCCGAAAACGCAAGUUCUUGUGGGUGCCAUAUACUGUAUACAUACUUCUCUCUGGAGUCAACAACAUAUUGAUAAUUUGCAUUGUCAUCCAAGUGUCGCUCUGCCAAACAUGUUGCCAGCGAUGGAAACAGAUCCUCAAGUUGUAAAUGAAGUGUUGGUUGCCAUCCGACGAUUACUAAAUGCGAGCGGGAAAAAUCUGCAGCAGUUAAGUUGGCACUGUAUCUUGCGACUCCUUAAGCAGGCUUUAAGGCUUUGUGAACAAGUAUCGUGGAAAGAGAAAGUUGACGAGCAACGGUCACGUGCUCAUCAUUUACUCAGCGUCAUUGAGAAUUUGUAUCAUGAUGGUUAUUAUGCCGGUUCCCCUGAAAUGCUGUAUUCACUAAUAGAAGGUUGCAUCGAUGAGCGUCCCGUUCCAAGCAUCAUAUCAUUAUUUGAUUACCGAGUGGCUUGUUUGGAUCCUUUAAUAUCGAAUUGGCUUAAUACUCUUCAACAACUUGUUCAAAAACAUCUUCAAGACAACUAUCCUGCUGCAGUUAGGGAGAAAGCAGUCAGCGUCCUACACACGGUUUAUAUGAAAUAUCAUUGGCUACACGAGAGAGCUGUCGUUACAGAUUUUGUUUGUCCUGUGCUUGAAGGUUGUGUUCGUGAAAAUAAUGCCAAAAUUCAGUACCAAAUGCUGAAUGUGUUAUUUGAUGUUGCAAAAACAGUGUCUUUGCGUGAAUCUGAAGAUGCAGACUUGUUUUUGAUGGUAAUGGAGAUUGCCAGUUCAUUUCUUGCACUUGAUCUCGAUACUGGAGAAGUUCUUGAAAAUAUGGAAAUAGUAGCAGGCGAUGUAUGUCAAGUUUUAGCUGAACGUUUUUCUGAUUUGCGGAGCGCUCAUCUUCAUUAUAUUGUUCAUAUGCUUUGUGAACAUCUUCAUUCUCAUUAUCAGCAUGGCUUUGUUCGUGAAAUUGGUUGUGAAAUACGGGAACGCAUAUUUUCCGCAUUGUUAACUCUUGUUUGUAAUCCACCUUCCGAAGAAAUGGUUUGUAUUGGUGAAUUUGGAGACGUAACUAAUGUGCGAAUAUGUCGUGCUGGGAAUGAUACUAAUGGCGAUUUUGAAUGGGACGAAAUAUGCGCAGUGGUUAUAAAAGCCAUUGAAGAGGAGCUCUGGUUUCCAGUUAUGAAAAUAAUUUUGCAACGAUUGUGUCGGAUAGUGGAAGUUCGAGAUUUAAUUUUCACGGCUGGUGCUGAACGCAUAAAAAAACUGAAGAAUGCUAUAAUUGCAUUAUACUAUAGACGCAGUACUUUGAUUUCUGAUACCGAUCUAGCUGCAACCUGGUCACAUAAAAGCGAAAUCGACCUACCGAAAUAUAUUUGUCCUAUUUUUAGUUGUCUAAUUAACUAUUAUCAUGAUGAAAGUAUUUGUAAAAUUAUGGUUGACUGCGUUCCUUCCCUUCCAAGUGGAUGUCAGCAGGCGAUAAUGGCUUGUGACCUAGCAGUUCAGAUGCUGCCUGAUGGCAUGGCACCAUUAGCUCGGCAGUUAAUAACACAUUUGGCAGGUCUUCACCCAAGUGCCGUCCUUGCUAUCUCUGUUAUCGAAUUAGCUUCGGACUGCUCCUCCGUGCCGGAGUUCUAUCAAUUUUUCGAGAUCAAGCACUUCCAAUUUGUUAUUGACAUAUUGGCACCGUAUACAAGCGUUUAUCGGUACAACACUUUCAUUGUUGCCGCUGCAUUUCGUGCACUAAUGAGAUGGUACACUAAAAUGCCAGAUAGAAUAAAACCAACGAUAUGUAAUUAUAUUGUGAAUAAGAUUGAAGAAGCAAAAACUUGUCUGUCGAACGUCAUAAAUGCAAAAAAUCAUUCAGAUGAACGACAUUCAUCUGAUUUUGAUACACCAACCAUUGCUGCCUUUUCGUUUGAUUCAUCUAGUCGAAAAGAUACAAUUACAACUGAUGAUAAUAUUCUGAGAGAUGAAUUGGCCCAAGAAACAAUUAAAGCAUUAAAGACAUUCAUGAAGCACAGCAAAAUUAGUGACGCAGCACUCACUCAAUCGAUGCCAAAUACGAAGCUGGUGGAACGAUGGUCAAGCCAUUGGGUUGUAAAUGAUAUAGUCAUUUCUGUCACAGGUUUUACUGAAAGUCUAUCAAGUUCAACGAGUAGGACAAUCUCAGCGAAUGCUAAUGACGAAAAUCCAUCAGCAGAGAUUCCAGAUAUAGAAAUAUCAAAUUUUGAUAGAAGACGACGCCAUCAGUCAGCGGUUCAUCGCCCAAACCAGAAAUAUGUAGCUCCAUACCGCCCAAUUUUGGAUGAUUUAUAUACAAUGGCGAAAUAUGAAUCAAAAAAAGUUCGUGUUCCGGUGGUGACGUGGAUUCAGGUUGUUAUACGGCAUAUUUUUGGCAAACAUUCAUGGUACAUGCGAUCAUUGAAAGAUUUCCCUGACGAUUUUGGAGCAGCGGACAAUUUCUGUGGCAUUGAUGAGGGAUUCUCGAUUUUAAAACUUCUUGCAAGUGAUAACAAAGCUGUACAAAUAUCUGGUGACAAAAAUAAAACAUUGAGGUCUUUACGCAACAUCGAUCGUAUAUCGUCACUUGAGUUGCACACGGUUGGUGUUGUCUAUGUUGCACAUGGCCAGACUAAGGAAUCCGAAAUUUUGGGAAAUAUUUAUGGUUCGGCGCGUUACGCUAGUUUCUUACGACUUCUGGGUGAUCCGAUACCUCUCGAAGAUUGUCCGGGCGGUCUCUCAGCUGGUUUUUGUGGCACAUUUACAUAUGCAUAUACGGAUGAAAUUUCCAAAACUGUUUUCCAUGUGGCGACGUUAAUGCCAAAAAGCGAAAUUGAUCCGCUUUGCAACUGCAAGAAAAAGUUUAUUGGAAAUGACUUUGUUUCGGUCGUAUUCAAUGAUAGCGGCUCACCCUAUGUCCUUGGAACAAUUAGUGGAAAAUUUGCGUAUGUUGCUUUGGAGGUAGUACCACAAGAUGAUGAACAUUUAUUGGUGACUGUUCAUGCUCGUAAAGAAAUUGCAUUAUGGCUGGCGAUCUCACGCGCUUUUCUGCCGGAUCAGCAGGCUGCUGUUCUUAUACGGAAAUUAAUCUUACGGGCACAACUAUCGGUAAAUGUUUGGAGGCGUGAAGAAGAAGAAAAGGGACCACCUUACAUUGGUCUUGCUGUUGAACGGUUACGGGCAAUUCGAGCACUUGCUGUUCAUGCUACACCUAUUUUAUAG